UAAAGUAGUGGUUGGUGCAAUUAAGAAAGCCUGGCAUAAGCUGGGAUUUGUUGAGUAUAUAAAGUCAGCAGUGAAUGCAGAGUUGUUGCUCCCUCUUAACAGAAUGGGCCAAGCUGCUACCCUGCCUUGCAGGAGGGGAGAGUCUUAUGUUACGGAGCUGUACGAAUGGUUCAGAAAGUUUAUUAAUGAAUGUCCAAGUGGUCUGAUCACUCUUCAUGAGUUUCAAAGGCAUUUCUGCAACGGAACAGUGGGCAGUGAGUCAGCUGAGUAUGCAGAGCAGAUAUUCCGCACACUGGACACUAAUGGAGAUGGGGUGGUUGAUUUCAGGGAGUAUGUCAUGGCCAUCAGCAUGCUUAUUGAAGGUUCGGCUGUGGAGAAGCUGCACUGGUCAUUCAAGCUCUAUGACAAAGACCGAGAUGGUGCCAUUACAAAGGAGGAAAUGCUGGAGAUCAUGCAGGCGGUUUAUAAGAUGAGUGUAGCCGCUGCUUUGACCAAACCAAACCCACUCACAGCUGAAGAAUGUACCAACAGGAUAUUUGUGAGAUUAGAUAAAGACAAUAAUGCCAUCAUCAGUCUAGAGGAGUUCAUAGAGGGAGCGCUGGAUGAUGAUUGGAUCAGAGAGAUGCUGGAAUGUGACCCCAGUACCGUGAAGGUGGAGAGGCCCCUGAGGAGGGACACCGCUUUGGGGACCCAUGGUUGACCUGAAAUGGAGUAUUCUGUUCACUGGGUGCAAAGAAAUUGUAGUCAUUGCAGCAACAGUUUCCAUUUGCUGCGACAAAUUAUAUCAAUGUCUGUUGAGUAACUGCAAGGUAGACACAGGAGAGUACUAGGAAAUGCUUGCUUGUAAUAUUUAUAAAGGAAUCAUUUCUGCCUUGUUUUAUUUUGAUUGAUAUGUUUUUUCUGCUGCAGUUUUGAUCAAUGCUUUGUUUGUUUAUGAUGUUUUCUUUAUUUUCUCUGUAUCUGAAUGUGUCUCCUCAUAGAAUAAAUCAUGGCUGUCAUAACACACUGACACUUUACUUGUCCUACUGUAUUAUA